AUGAUGCCAGAUUGCCCUUCCCCCCCCCCGCCAGACAACCGGGCCCCCAACACCGGAGCGGGCGGUGCCGGGGCGGGGCGCGGACCGGGGGUACCGCUGCGGGGGGAGCGGCCUGGGGCACGGUACCGCCCCCGCCGCCGCCGCCGCCCCACGCAUGCUCCGCCACCGCCACCGCGCCGGAGCGGAGCGGAGCGGGACGGGACCGCGCCGGAGCCGCCGCCGCCGCCGCCGCAGGUAACCGCGGCCCCGGGGCGCGCACGUGGCGGGGCUCUCCCGCUCCUUCGCGGAGCCCCCGGGGCGGUAUCACCGGGACGGGAGCGGCCGCCGCCUCCCAUCCUUCGGGGCUGCGGCGAGGGCGGCUUUGUUCGCGGCUCGGCCGGGGCGUGCCCACGCGUGUCCACGAAUGCGUGUGUGCCCGGAGCCAUGUGCCGGCGGCUGCGUGCCCGUGCCUGCAGGCGGGAGUGCGUGUGUGCGUGUGCCUGCGGGUGGGUACCGCGUGUUCGUGUCUCUCCGCGUGCCCCGGGCGGGAUGCUCUCAGGGUGGGUUCGGCCCCGCCGGGAGGUGUUACGGGUGGGACUGGGAAGCUCCGUAGGGAGAAAGGCUCGGAGGGCUCGGAAUCAUUUCGAGCCACUUGUGCGACACCGGCUUCUGCCCCUCGUGCCACGUGGCCUCGUGCGGGUGUGGGUGCGGGUAUCUGUGCAGGGCAAGUGUGCACGGUGCCCAGCUGGCACACCCUACCCCGCCUGGCAGAGCCCCCAGUGUCCUGUGCAGCCCCUGGCCCUUCUGCUUGCUGCUGUCUGCAGGCCAGUGGAUGCCCUGGACUGGGGUCUCACAGCCCCGUGGCCCCAGCAGCCAGAGCAGCCCCUGAAUCCCACACGUGGCUCAGUCGCACCAGGGAACGGCUGUUUUUGUGGACUAGCAUGGGAGAAGCCUUCGCCAGGCAUGGGCAGCACUAGGGAGCCCGAGGCCCUGCAGCUGCUGAACCAAGAGGCUGAGGACGCCUGUGAGCCCGGUACCAGCUCCUUGGGCUGCCCACCAGUGGGUGAGCACUUGCCCAGCUCUGGCUGCAACGCGGAUGGCCUUGCCAUGAGGACCUGCUGCGUGGCCGAGCCCCAGGUCCUGGGCACUGUGGAGAAGGUGCCGGUGCCAACAGGACUGGGGAGCUGCGGGGCAGCCGGUGGCACUGCCCCUGCCUGCAGUCCUAUGGAGCCAGGGGGCACCCAGAAGGAGAAGGCCACCCCUGCGCCCUCCCUGCCUGAGCCCUGCCUCAAGGCACCCAGCAAGGACACGGGCAGCGUGCCGGCUCCAGCCAAGCAUGUGGCAUUCCUGGAGCCAUCGGUGGGAGCUGAGCUGCCCUCCCCGAUGCCAAGCCAGGAGCAGCCCCAGGGUGGCACAGGGGACACUGAAACCCCCGAGCAGCUCCAGAGAGUUGGGGAGCAGGGCAGAGCUGAUAGGAGUACUGAGAGCACCCAGCAGCCCCGGACUGCCAAGCUGCUCUGCGGGUCCUACUCAUUCGAGGUGACACCCCCGCAGGACGCCGGCGUGCAGGACACAGGGACACAAGUGGACAGCCGUGCAUCCCUGGUGUCGGUGGCACUGAGCCCUAUGAGCCCCCCGGGUGGAGCUGCUGCCUUCACCUUCCCCAAGAGAGAGCUGGGCUCUGCCCCAUGCCUGCAGCCCUCCAAGAAGGACGCGGAGAUGCAGGUAUCCAUGCCUGUGGAGACGCGCUCAGUGGCCACCGGGCCCAUGACGCCAGUGGCCAAGUCCCCACAGGCCUCGUACCCCGAGGUGCACGUGAAAGGGGUGGCGGAGGAGGCUCCAGAGCCCAUCCGGGAGGUGAGCUGGGACGAGAAGGGGAUGACGUGGGAGGUGUAUGGGGCCUCCAUGGAGGUGGAGGUGCUGGGCAUGGCCAUCCAGAAGCACCUGGAGAAGCAGAUCGAGGAGCAUGGGAGGCAGGCGGUGGCCACCCCACAGAGCACCCGCGCCAGCUCCGUCAAAGGGGCUCCCCGCAAAGGCGAGCCCAAGAGGCAGCCCAGCGUCUUUCGGGCUCUGCUGCAAAACGUCCGGCGGCCACGGUGCUGCUCUCGUGCCGGCCCUGCCAUGGAGUGAGCUACUGCCCAGCCGUGGGACAGAGGGGACAUGGGGAAGUGUCCCUGCCCUGCGUCCCGAGAUGCCCGCUGCCGGCGUGCAGCGCUCCAGGCAGGUGGUGAUGGAGUGCUGCAGGUGGGGAUGGGGCAUCUCAUCUGCUGGGGUCCCCCCCAGCCCUGGGACACGAGUUGGAUGCCAUCGCCCUGUGCGUGGGGUGGGGGCCUGACCGUGGCUUAGAGUUGGGUUCGUGGCAGCAGCAGUGACAACAGCCCCUGGCUGCCCACCACACUCCUGUUCUUGCUAUAUCAGCAUCAUGUCCCACUGCUGUGCCCAGCAGAAGGGUUGUGGGGCUGGAGCACGUCUGCUCGGGGCCAUCAGCUGCUUGUCCCCAUCACUGCAGCUGGAGGCAUUUGGGGAGGUUGUCCCCAUGGUCCCCAGCCCUCCCUGACUGCAUUCGAAGCACGGGAAAUGUCCUUGUCCUGGUGGUGGGGAAGGAGCCGCACCACCUCCCAGCCACGCUGCUGUGAGCAGCAUCCAGAGCCCCCAGGCUGUCCCUUUGUGGGUCCCCCAGCCUUGCUCGCUGCUCCCCCUGGGGCCGCGCCAGCUGCAAAGUGCUGCCACU